GGUCGCUUACAGGAGGUGGUCGUUUAUGAUAGGUUCCAAUUGGAAGGCUUUGACUGGGAAAAUUUUUUUGAUUUGGAUAGGCGGUCGCUUAUGGGAGGUAGUCACACAUGGAGGUUCGACUGUAUUAUAAACGCAACUGUUGAUGAACUAUGUAAUUUGUAGCUAGAAUAUUUUUAGUUUCCACAGCAAUAUGGGUGGGGGUCAGUUUUACAAUAUGUACAACUUAUGGGGGGUCAUUUCUACAUAAAAAGCUAGGAUGAAUUGGGGGUUUGGUUUGGAAAUCUUCGAUUAAUCUUCUUCAAAAUAAGUGGCCUGCCCUCACAGGUAAUAAUUAAACGACCAGCCCCUGAAGUUACUCUUUGUACUUACUCUUCUAGAUUACACUAAGAUACAUUUAUUUUACUUCAAAUUGCAUUUGGCUGCAUUUUAAAUGUCCACCUAGAAGCUUAUAAAAAAUUUUUUUGUCUACAAAGAAGAUCUUUGGGAACUUUUGCUGUUUGUGUUAAGACAAUUUUUUAUUGCACAAUAUAAAUAUAGUAAAUAUAAUAUUACUAUCUUAUCUAAUUUUAGAUGUGAUGUUCAAGGUCAACAAGGAAUAUCCUCAGAAAAGGGUACAUCUAUGUCCAAAGGUAAUUAUCUUCUGUCAAUUAAAAGUAAUUAAUCUGAAUUCAAAUUUGACAUGAAUCGUCAUUAGCAAUUGAAUGAGUCUGAGGAGGAUGUGAAGAAUUAUGCAGAUCAAGGAAGAUUUCAGCCACAAUGGAUAAAAUCUUCUGAGAUCUGCAUAAUUUUUCGCAUCAUAUGGUAGCUGAAGGCAAUGAUUGUUUAAUUAUUCAUUCAAAAUAUUUCUAAGUUCUUAACAAGCUUUCCUUCUGGUAGAAUUUCUUUGAAACUUUGGCCUAUUUCUUUGGAUGGUUAUGAGCGGAUAUUUAUCCUUGCAGAUACUCCUCAAAAAGUAGAUAACAAGAUCGAUAACAUCCAUCAAGCAAUAUGUAAAAGUGUAUUCUUGCAUUUCUUCUGUCCCGUUAGUUAGAAAUUUGGCUAUUUUGUCUUCAGACAGCUGCGUGAAUGGCAUUUCCUUGUGUCAACUUCACCCAAUAAUAAACAGCUAGGCCGUCUGCUGUGACUGGAACGAGGUUGAAGGAUGUUAUAUCAUAAUUUAUACCAUUGAAUCAAUUGUAUACUGCUUGCAUCUUCCAAAUUUUAUGGUAAGUACCCUCUGGUUAUAAAGAAUUAGCCAGGGGAUUGGAGCCAGUCAGAAAGGGCCGAAAAAUUUUGAUUGAGUAAUCAUGUACAUUAUGCAUUAGGGUACAAAAUAGAACAGUUAUGUUAUUGAUUGUAUUUUAUCUGUUAAGAUAGUUAUAUCUUAUUGCUAAUGUUGAUUUGUGUUUUUUUGCAGGUCAGAUGCAUAUGCUACAAACAGACUGGAUCAAGUCCUCAACAUUUAGGAUUUAGAGGUUAUCUUGAGUACCGUGAGUGCUGUAUA